CUCCUAUCCCCGCCGAGCCCCAAGCAAGCCGGCUCCCCUUCCUCCCUCCCUCCUUCCCGGCCUCGAGCGAAGGGCAAGCGGCGGGGCUGGCACGAGGAGGCGGCUCCUGCCUGCGCUCUCCUCCCCUUCCCUCCCCUGCGCGCCGGAGAGAGAGGCAGGCAGGCAGCAACCCUUGCCACCUCCGCCUCUUGCAAGCAGCCGCGGCUGGAGCUAGGAGGCGGCGGCGGUGCCCGCAGAACGCGCUGCCCGUCCCUCGCAGCCUCCGCGCCCGCCUGCCUCUGUCUCUCUGGGCCCCGCGGCUCCGGGCAAGAGGCCGGCUGCGUCCCUGGAAACCCAGUGCCCGGAGCCAGGGCUGACCGGGCAGGUCACCUGCCCAAAUGGGAAAUGGGUCAGUGAAACACAAGUACCUGAAGAGGCCAGACAGUCAUGUGGGAAACUGCCCUCUGGGCUGCUCAGGGAGCAGCAAGUUCCUGAAAGACCCGGGACUGAACAUCAGUACCAUCACAGGUGCGGCGGAUAUUCUGAGAAGCAAGAUCUGGGAGCUCGAGAGGGAGCUGAAGAGGCAGGAGGAAGAACUCCAUGAGAGGAACUACCACAUCAUCGAGCUGCAGGAGCAGCUGGCGAAGCAAACCCGGACCAUUGCCGACCUCACCGAAGAGCUUAAGUGCAAAUGCAUCCAGCUCAACAAGCUGCAGGAUGUUGUGGACACCCAGGGGGCAAACCCCUUCCUGUUCUCCCCUCUUAAAGAAGCGCCCAGGGCCAACCAUGCAGCCCCCUGCAGCAACAGGAGGAGAGGCGCGAAGGAAGGCGUGUCUGCAGAGCCCACGAGCCGGACGUACGACUUGAGCGAGCAGCCUCGCUUCUCCUUCGAAAAGGCGAGAGUCAGAAAGGCCUCCAGUGAGAAAAAGCUCAUCACAGAUGCCCUGAGUAGAAACCAAUUUCUGAAGAGGCUGGACCCGCAGCAGAUCAGAGAUAUGGUGGAAUGUAUGUAUGGGAGAACAUACCAGCAAGGGAGCUACAUAAUUAAACAAGGAGAGCCUGGCAACCAUAUAUUUGUACUGGCAGAAGGCAGGUUGGAAGUCUUUCAGCAGAACAAACUUCUCUCUUCGAUUCCUGUGUGGACAGCGUUUGGGGAGCUGGCCAUUUUGUACAACUGCACAAGGACGGCCUCGGUGAAAGCUGUCACCAGCGUGAAAACAUGGGCAUUAGACAGAGAGGUUUUCCAGAAUAUAAUGAGGAGGACAGCACAAGCAAGGCAUGAGCAAUACAGAAACUUCCUCAGAAGUGUUUCUCUGCUGAAGAAUCUACCUGAAGAUAAACUGACAAAGAUUAUAGACUGCUUGGAAGUGGAAUACUAUGACAAAGGUGAUUAUGUUAUUCGGGAGGGAGAGGAAGGAAGCACCUUCUUUGUUAUAUCCAAAGGGAAGGUUAAGGUGACCCAAACUGCAGAAGGUCAGACACAGUCUCAGCUCAUUAAAACGCUGCAGAAAGGAGAUUACUUUGGGGAAAAGGCCCUCAUCAGUGACGACGUCAGGUCUGCUAAUAUAAUUGCCGACGAAAACGACGUGGAGUGUCUUGUCAUAGACAGAGAAACCUUCAAUCAAACAGUUGGGACUUUUGAAGAACUCCAGGCAUACCUUGCGGGUUAUGUGGCUACCCUGGCUCGGGACGAUGAAAAAAGACAAGCUCAAGUUUCUUCCUUGGAGCAGCUACCCAGCGACGUCUCUUUGGAGAUGAUACAGCUGAAAGAAAAAGUAACCCAGUUUCCUUCCUCCUGCCCAUUUCAGAACCUGGAAAUUGUUGCCACCCUGGGUGUUGGUGGAUUCGGAAGAGUGGAACUUGUGAAAGUGAAGAACGAGAACAUAGCAUUUGCCAUGAAAUGUAUCAAGAAGAAACACAUAGUGGAUACCAAACAGCAGGAGCACAUUCACUCUGAAAAGAAAAUUCUAGAAGAAGCCUGCUCUCCCUUCAUUGUGAAAAUGUACCGCACUUUCAAAGACAACAAAUACGUUUACAUGCUCUUGGAAGCCUGUCUUGGUGGUGAGCUGUGGAGUAUCCUGAGAGACAGAGGGAGCUUUGAUGAAACCACUACAAAGUUCUGUGUUGGAUGUGUGACGGAAGCUGUCGAAUAUUUGCAUUACAUCAGUGUGAUCUACAGGGACUUGAAGCCCGAAAAUUUAAUUUUGGACGCUCAAGGAUAUAUAAAGCUGGUUGAUUUUGGGUUCGCUAAGAAGAUUGGAGCUGGGCAAAAGACCUGGACGUUCUGCGGGACUCCCGAGUACGUUGCCCCUGAAGUCAUCCUGAAUAAAGGACACGAUUUCAGCGUGGACUUCUGGUCUCUUGGUAUCCUAGUGUAUGAGCUGCUGACAGGAAAUCCUCCAUUUUCUGGGGUCGAUCAAAUGAUGACCUACAAUUUGAUUCUGAAAGGCGUCGAAAGGCUGGAUUUUCCCAGGAUAAUAACAAAGCGGCCUGAAGACUUGAUUCGGCGGCUCUGCAGGCAAAAUCCUACCGAGAGGUUAGGAAAUCUGAAGAAUGGUAUCCAUGAUAUUAAGAGGCAUAGGUGGCUGAACGGUUUUAACUGGGAAGGACUCAAGGCAAGGAAGUUAACGUCUCCUUUAAAAAGAGAGCUUUCUGGUCCAAUGGAUUACAGCUACUUCGACCGAUACCCUCCUGAACAGGGAACCCCACCAGAUGAGCUUUCAGGCUGGGAUAAAGACUUCUAAGAGGAGAAGAGAAGAGGCAGGCUUAUAGAUCAACAAAUAUGAGCAUCCACAGAUUGUUUGUACUAGUCAUGUAACAUAAUUCUUAGGAGCCCAACCCAGCUGCAUUCAGAUCAAGGAGACUUCUGCAUUUAGAGUGAGCUGGACACAGACGCCGACGCGCCUCCCCCCCCUUUUAUCUUGCUUUGCAACUUCACAGCAUGACAGGUUUUGCCUUGUCCUUUGAAGGAUGGGGCAGUGGCCCAGUGGCAAGAAGCAUCACCCCUUGUUUAAUUGCAAACAGAAGUUCUUCAUCUCUCGUAGAGAUGUGUGACACAGUGGUACCUUGGAAGUCCAAUGGAAUCCGUUCCGGAAGUCCGUUCGACUUCCAAAGCUCCUGCAGCCAAUCAGAAGCCGUGUCGGACGUUCGGGUUCCAAAGAACGUUCUCAAACCAGAACAGUCACUUCUGGGUUUGCGGCGUUCGGGAGUAAAAACGUUCGACUUGCAAGGUGUUUGGGAUCCAAGAUAUGACUGUAUUGGCAACCCUGAGCCCUCAGGAUGAGGAAUGGAAAGAUGCAGGAGAGCAGAGCAGCAUUCUGAAUGACUUCGUGAAGGUGGCCUAUUCUGGUCAUCUUCCAGGGUAAACAAAAUCCACACUUAAAAGUAGCUUUUUAAAUAUCCCGCUCAUGUUGUGAUGUACAGAAGCCCCACGUGAAGCACUCAGGAGCCAGGCUGUAUUUUAAGUAGCGCUUUAUUCCAGUUGCAGACUUGCAUCAGGAUAAAGCAGUCUUCUUAACAUCCAGGAAUUGGCAUACACAGGUGGGAUUACUGCAUACGCAUAUGCACCAUACAUAUGCAUUGCUACAGAAAAAUGCUAUUAAUAUCAGUGCAGACAGGAGCUAAAAGGAUUGUGCCAUAUUGUUACAAGAUGGCCAACUUACACUUUCAACAAGAAAGGCAAUUAUUGCAGAACAAUUACGUUCAGUAUGGUAGACUUCCCCCCAAAAUAACUGUUCUCUCUGUGUGGGGUUUUUUUAUAUAUAUAAAAAGCUUGAUUUAGCAGAGAUUUCAGCAUAUAUUUCUGAAGUCAAUUCCUGUGCAUUAUUGGUGCCUCACAACAUAUUGAAAAACCAUGAAG